UCCUGCCUGGCUACUGGCCAAUCAACAUUUUAUUUAUACAGAGCGAUAUCCAUAGCAGGGACCAUAGAUAAAUCAAGCCUGCAGUCAUCCAAAUUAAAAGUGUCCAGAAGAGGGAGCCACAAGCCUAAGGAAGCUUAGGCUAACUUGUUUUUAUUUCUAGUUUCUGGGAAGCUUUUUGGUGAAGUAGCUAUGUUCUUUUAAUCACCUUUAGUCUUCAACCAAAGCCGCUGGCUACUUUUAUCCUUAGAUUUGUAAGUAACCUUCAUUUCAUAAAAAUUCAAACAUGUGCCUGCCUACCUACAGUCCCUGGGCUCUGAAGACUGGACAUUCAGGAGCUUGAGGCCAGCAAGGUAAACUGCAGCAAGUCCCUGUCUCCUUCACCUUCACAUGGGGUUCUGGUCUUAAAAGGCAAGCAUUUUCAUCUGCUGAGCCAACUCUCCAGUCUAAAGCCUCUUCCAAAACAACAAGAAGGCAGUCCUGAGAAUAUUUGUAGGAGAAAGGGCAUUUCUUCUAGGAAAUCUGCUAUGUCGUUUCGUUUUCUAGUGUAGUGAUUGCAUGUCUGUCAUUUCAGAAACAGACUUUAGGAUGAAAGCCUAAAGUUUAGGAAGCCCAGGUCUGGCGUUCUGAUGGGCAGUCACAUGGUUCUCUCUGUGACUGGCUCUGUUGCUGUAGAGUGGGGUGGCAGGACACUGGCUCUGUACUGACAGCUGCUUCCUCGUGUGUGCUACUGUUCCUUUAAAAACGAACAGACUCGGGUUUCUGACUUACACAUUCUCCACUGAAAGCCUUCACAUUACAAGAAUUCCUCAACAAAGAAAGCCAGAUAUUAAAGUUUUUUUCUCUGGGGCUGGAGGAACGGCUCAGGAUUAGAAUUACUUGCUUCUCUCCCAGCACACCCACAUGGCAGAUCACAACUGCCUGGAAUUCCGGUUCUAGGAGCUCCAGUGCCCAGUUGUGACCUCCACUGUGCACAUACAAACAGGCAGAACAUCUAAUGUACAUCAGUUAAAAGUAAAUCUUUAACAAAACUUAAUGGAGAUGAGUUGACAGUGUCUCCUCUGUGUGAGGCUCCUGGUACGGCCAGUUGUGCACACUGGUGGUCUUGGCACUACAGAGCUGGGAACAAAGUCCCCUUGCCUGCAGAGCUUAGAGCUUAAGGUGCAAGAGACCUCAUCUCAAAAAAAAAAAAUCUGUUCUAUAUACAUCUUUUUGACAAAACAACCAAUGCUAAAUACUGUAUACAACAACAACAACAACAAAACUGCCUUCCACUAGUCAGCUUGGUUUUAAAACUUGCUGGAGCAGUUAGUUAUCCCAAUCCCAUGCUGUGAGCUUCCUUGUUAAAAUUGGCACAGAAACAAAAAUGAGGUUCAGGGAAGAAAGGAAGCUGUAAAUAAACUGCUUGGGAACCACUCUCCAUUUUGGCCAUCGGAGAUGCUGAAGGUACUUCUCAUCAGAGAUGUCUUGUCUCUGGUGUCCCAUUCAGGAAGAAAGGCACUUCCACCUAGAAGCAGCCCGUUUGGGCAGCUUUGUCCUAAUCUCGCAGAAAGUUACUAACAGUUGGGAAAAUACCCAGGUGGGAUCUUCUGGAAGGUGAACGGCCUAUGGCCUGCAGUGGUUAUGCAAGUGGUGUUUUUGGCAGGAGGACUGUGGGCUCUUUUCUCCUGGGUGGCUGGAAAUCCUGCCAGCUCAGCCAGAGGUGGCCGAUCUCUUGAGUACCCAUGCUGCAGCUGCCCAGGCUUCACUGCCCUCACCCCCCACUUCGCUCUGGUAGCUUGGCCUUGCUGAUCUGUUGCCCUGGAUUCAGUUCCUUGAGCUUUUGAAAGGACAAUGUUUGUGCAUUUCUUUCAGUCUCCUUUGUGCUUACAAAGCUUACUCCUCUAGUUUCCUGAGGCAGUUUUAGCAAAAGCUUUCAGUGCAGAAUGAACUAUGCAGUAGCGGCCAAGAAGGCAGCUGGGAAAUGCCCAGAUUGAGCUAUUGUGUGCUGCAGUUCCUGCCCCUCUGCCUCCAUGACAGGAAUUUUAAUUCAGGUGUCUUGAGACCAUCUGAGGAGUGGAAAACCACAACUUGCUCCUAGAAUCCUGUUAGCUCAUUCCUGACUGCAUAGGACCAGUCACCCUAGUCUAGCCAGUUAGAGCUGGGCAGAGUGGAAGAAAUGAAGCCAGUUCCUCAGGUUGUAUCCAGAGUUUUCGCUAUGGGAAGCAGUUAAGUCUAUAGGAAGGCAGAGACAAGACCCAGCACAGCCUGGCCUGGAGUAUACCAAAAACUGAGAUGUGGAGUGACUCCUAACCAAGUUGUCACAGCUGCCUGUGAGGACGCCACAGCCUGAGUCUUGGGAGCUGCCAGUGGUUGAUCGCCAGCAGGAUGUCCAGCCAGGACCUGAGCAUCGCCGCAAAACUCAUCAACGGAGGUGUGGCAGGACUCGUGGGGGUGACCUGUGUGUUUCCCAUUGACCUUGCCAAGACCCGACUGCAGAACCAGCAGGGGAAAGCUGUGUAUAAAGGAAUGACAGAUUGCCUGAUGAAGACCGCGCGUGCCGAGGGCUUCUUGGGCAUGUACCGAGGGGCUGCAGUCAACCUCACCCUGGUCACUCCAGAGAAGGCAAUCAAGCUGGCAGCCAAUGACUUCUUACGGCAGCUGCUCAUGCAAGACGGGGUGCAGCAGAACCUGAAGAUGGAGAUGCUGGCCGGGUGUGGGGCUGGAAUAUGCCAGGUGGUGGUUACCUGUCCCAUGGAAAUGCUCAAGAUUCAGCUGCAGGAUGCUGGCCGCUUAGCUGCCGGCCAUCAGGGCUCUGCCUCGGCUGCGCCCACCUCCCGGCCCUACAGCACCGGCUCGGCCGCCACCCGCAGGCGCCCUUCGGCCAUCCUCAUUGCCCGGGAGCUGCUCCGCACUCAGGGCCUGGCCGGUCUCUACAGGGGCCUGGGUGCUACUCUCCUCAGGGACAUUCCCUUCUCGGUCAUCUACUUCCCCUUGUUUGCGAACUUGAACCAGCUGGGGGUCUGCGAGCUCACGGGCAAGGCUCCCUUCGCACACUCCUUCGUGGCGGGCUGCGCCGCGGGUUCCGUGGCCGCCGUAGCGGUCACCCCUCUGGACGUUCUGAAGACUCGAAUCCAGACCCUGAAGAAAGCCCCGGGAGAGGACAUGUACAGCGGGGUUACUGACUGUGCCAGGAAACUCUGGACACAGGAGGGAGCAGCCGCCUUCAUGAAGGGAGCAGGCUGCCGGGCCCUGGUCAUAGCCCCCCUCUUUGGGAUCGCGCAGGGCGUCUACUUCCUUGGCAUCGGAGAACGCAUCUUAAAGUGCUUUGAGUAAUCUACGGUGGCCCUCCCUUGCUGCCAUCUCUGGCCCCACACUUGAGACCAGGUGGUAGUGACGGAAGCCCAAGAUGCCUACCCUGUUGCACAUCAUCUAACUUGUAGUGCUACCUCAGAAGAAACGACCCAUUUCACUACUUACCAGGGGCGUUCAGAAGCCCCAACCACCUGCUUAACAAUAGAAACGGCCUCGGGUAUUAUGGCAGGCGCAGUAAGGACGGAAGGGCUGGUCUACACCAGCAUCCCCCCGUAGGCAGGUAAAGGACAGCUGCGUCAGCGUAGGACAGUGGUAAUCAAUCCCAGCACUCACACUGUGACAUCAGAAGUAGACCUGGCCUGAACCAUGUGCCCUCCUGAGCAUCCCUAAUGGUCAAAUGGACCCAACCGAGCAGUAUGGCCACCUCAGGGUCGCUGUCCUGCCCCAGAUGCCCACCCUGAAGUAUGGUCCCAGAUCCCUCCUAGUGGGUGCUUGUGGGACAUGAUCUAGAAUAAAGCUGGUUAAAUCCUUGUCUUGUAA